UGUUGCGGACGGCAAUGCCCCACAGCACUCAUGAGAGAGAGAGGGGCUCUCUCUCUAGCUAGAGGAAAGACAGGCCAGGGAGUCUUCAGACAUGGACCCGGAGAUCUAGAUCUUUUUCUUCAAGAGGAUCGAUCAAUGGGGACUCCCGAAUUUCCCGAUCUCGGCAGGCAUUGCAGCGUCGACGAUUGCAAACUGAUCGAUUUCUUGCCUUUUGCGUGCGAUCGAUGCGAGCAGGUUUUCUGUUUGGAGCACAGGACUUACAGCAAACAUAACUGCCCAACUGCAGACCGUCAGGAUGUCACUGUCCUUGUUUGCCCACUUUGUGCUAAGGGUGUCCGCUUGGUUCCCAAUGAAGACCCUAACAUUACAUGGGCCACACAUGUUAACACUGACUGCGACCCCUCCAAUUAUCAGAAAGUCACAAAGAAGCCACGUUGUCCAGUUGCAAAUUGCAAAGAAAUACUGACUUUUUCAAAUAAGAUCAGAUGUAGGGACUGUAACCAGGAACACUGUCUGAAGCACCGGUUUGGGCCUGAUCAUAAGUGUCCAGGGCCCAAGACUCCAGCUUCCUUUGUGGGGUUUCUCAGGAAGAAUCAAAGAGCAGAACCUCAAUCUACUCGGAAAGCAGCGAAAGCAGAGCCACAGUCUGCAUGGGCCACAGGACUCAUGAAUGCUGCUUCGAGUAUGCGUGCCUCUGCAGAAGCAGGUAUUUCAAAAUUGAGCAGUGCGACCAGCCAGGCCAUUCAGAAGGCGAGGGAUGGUGUCCUUCCUUCAUGGGAAGCUAGAGGAUCUAGCAAUGGCAGUAGCAGCAAUAAUGGAAGUGGCAACCAGGCAUCAAUAGAGCAGUGUCUUCAGUGCCAGGCAAGAUUUUCAUCUGUCUCAAAGUUGAUAGAGCAUGUUGAGAAGGCUCAUGAACGUGGCAGUGGGAGAGUCGCAGUUGGAGAGAUCCUGGAUGUGUGCCCCAAGUGCAACAGAGAGUUUCAGGAUCCAGUUUCUUUGGUUCAGCAUGUGGAAAGAGAUCACAGAGGAAGUUCAACUACUUAGUGCACUUUUAAAGCUUGCUUGGUAUCAUUCUUUGGUGCCUUCCUGAUUGAUUUAAUAGUCAAUUUUCUUGUGCUUCAAAUGGUAAAAAAAAUGCACUAAGAAGAUUCAAAUCCAGAUUCCAUGCAGACUGCCAUCCAUCCGGAUUUUCUUCUGGUCAAACAGAAUUGCUAGGAAUAACAGAUUGUGUACUUUGUGCUUGUGCUGUUAAUAGGCAAUCUUCUGCCCCUCCACAGGAAGCUCCUUCUGCACUUUGGGUCGAAGGCACCUAACUCUGAUCAAACUUGGAAUUUAUGUGCAGUGCAAUUGGCCGGUACGAUGGAAAAAAAAUAUGUGAAUGUUAUGUUGUCUAACAUUUGUAGAGAUCUAGAUCGAGUGAAAUAAUUGUUUUUCUAUUGCAUGUUCGAGGGUAGGAUACACUUAUCCUGUGAGUGAAGUUCAUCCUGCCCAUUCCUGAACCAUGGUUCGCAUCAUUUACUGCACAUGGUUGGUGCCCAAAGAUGGGUUGAGAUAAUCUUCUGUAUAACUUUUGUGGUGGUGAAAUUGCUUGCCUUUGGGAUGCCUAA